CGCUUCCCACCCCACUCUCUACGGGUUUUCAACCCCGGCUGCUGUCUCCACCUUCCCCGCUUAUUUUUUUUCCCCCGGGGAGUCCCGCCCCUCAUGAAGGGGCGUUGUUUGCUUGGCCUCAGAGGAGUUGUUUCUCUUCUGCCUCCGGAGCUAAUGCCCAUAAAUGUAAGCUGCGCUCUCUGGAGACCCGAGUGCCUGGUUCUUAAGGGGCGACAGCGAUGAGACUGAGAACUCCUGAGGCGCUGGAGGAGGAUGCCGCCGCCGCCCUGGCCUCGGCUGCCGACCCGGCGAAGUAUAUCUUGGGUAUAGACGUGGGCAGCACAGUGAUACGGUGCCAUGUUUACGACAAGGCGGCCGUGCUGAAGGGAUCCAGUGCGAAGCAGGUAGAAGUCCUUCAUCCUCGGCCAGGUUGGGUUGAACUGGAACCUGAAAGUUUAUGGACGCAAUUUGUUGGUGUGGUUAAAGAGGCAGUUCAAGCUGCUGGAGUUCAAAUGAAUCAAAUUUCUGCUCUUGGACUCUCGACACAGCGGGCAACUUUCAUUACAUGGAACAAGAAGACAGGAAAGCCUUUUCAUAACUUCAUAAGUUGGCAGGAUGUGAGAGCUGCUGAACUUGUAAAGUCCUGGAAUAGAUCUCUUUUACUGAAGGCAGUGCAUGGUGGUACUUCACUGCUGCACUUUUUCACUCGGAUUGAUCGGUUUUUGUUAGCAAGUUAUCUUAAUUUCACAACACAGCAUGUCUCUUUAAGACUGGCUUGGGUUUUACAACAUAUAUAUGAGGUAGAACAAGCUAUUAAAGACAAUAAUUGCUGUUUUGGAACAAUUGACACAUGGCUACUAUAUAAACUCACCAAAGGUGUGGUGUAUGCUACAGACUAUUCAAGUGCCAGUUCCACUGCAUUUUUUGAUCCCUUUAAGCUGCAGUGGAGUGUGUUCCUUAGCAAGUUACUUUCCAUUCCAAUAUCAAUUUUUCCCCCAGUGGAGGACACAAGUCACAGCUUUGGAACAGUUGAUGCUGAAAUAUUUGGAGUGCCUAUUGUAGUAGCUGCUUUGGUGGCAGAUCAACAGGCAGCCAUGUUUGGAGAGUGUUGUUUUGAUAUAGGUGAUGUUAAGGUCACCAUGGGGACUGGUUCAUUUUGGGAUAUUAACACUGGAAGCAAAGUUCAUGCAUCUAGGAAAGGCUUGUAUCCAUUGGUUGGUUGGAAAAUUGGGAAAGAAGUGAUCUACUUAGCGGAAGGCAAUGCUUCAGAUACUGGGAAUACUAUUAAAUGGGCUCAGAGCUUAGGUCUUUUUUCCAGUGCUGAAGAGACAUCAAAAAUGGCCCAUAGUUUAGUAAAUUCAGGAGGAGUUUGUUUUGUUCCAUCUUUUAGUGGAUUACAGAUACCAGUGAAUGAUCCUUAUGCAUGUACUUCAUUUAUGGGGAUCACACCUUCCACCACCAAAAAACAUCUUGUUCGAGCUGUGUUGGAAUCUGUAGCUUUCAGAAACAAACAGCUUUAUGAUAUCAUCACAAGAGAUGUAGACAUUCCACCUAUGUCCAUUCGAGCUGAUGGAGGUGUCAGUAAAAAUAAUUUUGUAAUGCAGAUGACUUCUGAUCUGAUUAAUAAGAUGAUAAGCAAGCCUGCUUGUACAGACAUGUCUUGUCUUGGAGCAGCUUUUCUAGCUGGUCUUGCUGUAGGAUUUUGGAAUGACAGAGAACAACUAAAGAAGCUGAGGCAAACUGACAUGGUUUUUAAGCCACAGAAGGACCUAAAGGAAUAUGAGCCUGCCAUGGGUAACUGGAUGAAAGCUGUUCAACGUUCUCUCUGUUGGUACAGCCAGACAUCACAGUAAUGAGACUAUUGCAAAAUUAGUAUUUUAGAUGAGUAUCUAUGAAACGUUGAUUUUUGUAGAACAAUAUAACCCACAACUCCAAUUCUGCCUUAAAGUUGAGUUGUCCUCAGCAGUUUCUCUUCUGUAAGGGUAUUUGAAAUAUACUAGUUGUCCCACUGGAAUUGCAGUGACCGCCCUGCAGCAGUCCAGAGAUUGAAUACCAGUGUUCCCAAGGGAUGACUUCCUGUAAUGGCCAAAUUAAAAAUGGAAAUGGACAGCCUUCAAGUCAGUUCCGACUUAUGGUGACUCUAUGAAUAGGGUUUUCAUGGUAAGCGGUAUUCAGAGGUGGUUUACCAUUGCAUCCCUCUAAUGGCCAAAUUAAAUGUGAUGAUAAAUAUAUAUGAAUGCAAAAAAGCCUAGCAGAUUUUAAACUAUCAUGUUGCUAUUGAUGUUUCCAAAUCCAGAGCAGGUUGGAGUUUUUUUCUGCCUAGUAGAAAGCAUGAACAUUUUCUAAUUCUUUUCUUCAAAUACCAAUCAUGGAGGUGGGGAAUCUGGAUCAGGACUACAACAUGAGCAGGUCUGACUGCCCAUACCAUUUCCCAAUGAAACUUGGCCACCUGAAUGUAUUAUUUGCCUCAGUGUCUGUGCUGGUAUUUGGAAAAAAGGUAAAGGUGCAUUCUCGCAUUUAUUUAGGCUCUCUGGCAAGUGGAAAAUAGCAAAAAACACUUUGUUUUCUGUCAGUCGGAUGAUUUCAUCCUAGUGCAGAAUAUGACUCCUUGGCCACUGAGAAUUGCUUAACAGAAAUAAGCACAGAGGCAACUGACAUUAGAAACACACUCACUGUUUUGCCAGUUCUGGUGCAUCUCCAUCUCUCUCUUCUGAAAACGGGGCACAUGACGCUAGUCAAAUCCUACGCCUGUAAGACGUGGUGGUCUUGAGUGCAUUUUUAAAAAAAAAUCAACUUCAAAGAGAUGUUGUAACUGAUUGGCAGAUCAAUCCGUUCCCCCUCCAGAUGUGAUCUGGCGACUUGUGUGUUUACAGCCUAAAUUAAGAUGUCGAUUGACUUCCCUUUUCAAUGAUGAUAUUCAGUUUAUUGUCAAGCCUUGAAAAAACUGAAUCCUAGUCAUAUUAAUUGCGAGACGAUGUUGGAAAUCAGUUAACAGUCCCCACUAUCUAGGCGAGGAAAGGGCUAGAAAUACCUGUGCUUAUAGCUUAUGGUGCUUUACUUGCAAUGCAGAACCUUGGGAAUCCACAAUCCUGAGAAUCCUAGCUUUUAAUUUAAAAAAAAAAAUUCUUGCAAACAUUUUGUUGCUACAUAUAACCAAUUACUGAUGAUAUUUCCAAAUCAACAGCAAGUCAAGAUUGUUUUCUGCUCAUUAGAAGCCAUGAUCCAUGAGCACAACCUGCACCUCCCAUUUGAUUCACUGUUCAAUUUCCCCUGACUAUAUACAUCUGUUAAAGUGUUUCAAACUGUACCAGAACUAUCAACUGUAUCCCCAAAUUCAAUCUCUCUAUAAAACAGACAAGAGAAUACAGUAGGACUCCGCUUUUCUGUGUUCCGCUAAUAUGGCGGGGCCAGCUGGGCAAUCAGCUGUAGCAUGGGGAGCUCCAACCACUGCGCUCCAGCUGACAGGGAUCAGCUGGAGCGCACAAGCUCCCCGUGCUACAGCUGAUUGCUGUCAGCUGGACCAUGGCAACUAGAGCUCCCCACACUACAGCUGAGUAGGGCCCCACGUUCUGGUGGUUUUCGCUUUUUGGCAGGGGCCUGAAACGGAACCUGCCAUAUGAGUGGGGCCCUACUGUAUGUGAAAUAGUGCACAUGCAUCCAAUGUUUUCUUCAAUGGCUCUCAGGCCAAAACUCGAUUUUUAAUAUUCCCUUGAGGCUUUUUUCUCAAGAGUGGUAGAAACUCCCAGUCUACUUCCAGGUGCUGUUUUUAGUGCAAUAAUUAUUGUGCAGAAUGCACAAAUCCUUAUCAAGUAAGCAUGUGCAGUAAAUGGCAUUUUUCUAGCACUCAAACGUCAGCAUUUUCCCCUCCAGCUAGAAUCCUAUAUAAAAUUGUUUAUGUGUCACGAAUAUCUAUUGCCUGCUGCCCAAAUGUCAUGCUAUUUUAUGUGCUCUCUAGAAACAGAAAGCUGCCUUUUACUGAGUUAUUUUAUUGGCCUAUCUAGCUCAGCACUGUCUACCAUGACUGGCAAUGCCUCUCCAGGAUUUUAAUAUAUGAACAUAAGAAGAGUGUGCUGUAUCAAGCCAACGGCCCAUCUAGUCCAGCAUCCUGAUCUCACAGUGGCCAUGGGAAACCUGCAAGCAGGAUCUGAGCAUAACAACAUUCUCUCCUCCUGUGGUUUCCAGCAACUGGUAUUCAGAUGCAUACUGCCUCCAACUGUGGAGGCAGAGCAUAGCCAUCAUGGCUAAUAGCCACUGAUAGCCUUACUCUUCAUGAAUUUGUCUAAUCCUCUUUUAAAGCCAUUCAAGCUGGUGGCCAUGAUUGCCUCCUGUGGGAGUGAGUUUUAGACAGGACUUUAGGAGGCUAAAUCUGGAAUAUUCUGCAUUGAAAGCAUGUGGCUCUACCACUGAGCUACGCCCCUUCUAAAGUGUUUUGUUCGCUUUUUAUUUUACUUCAUUGGCGAAGGAGGGAAGAUAAGAAGGCCUUCUGGGAAAGUGAAACUAACCUUUGGCAAAGUUCUCUUUAGUCCAGGAAAAUGGACUUUGAAGUAGCACAGUCUUGCUUUAGAGGAUAGCCAUCACCUCUACAACAAGGCAUCGGUCUGCAACUAAAACCCAUCCUGUGGGACUACAUAUAUUGCUACAGCGAUACAGUCAGACUUUGAAGGAUCAGAUAAUAGAUCAAAGAUAGUUAGGACACGGUUUGCAUUUCUGAGACCCUAACGUGAGAACAGAACAUUGGUCACUUACUGUGAAGAUUUCUUCUGGUGCAGGAAGCAUCCACCACCACCCCCAUUUUAGCUGGGUGACAUACAAUUUGCAACAAAAUAUAAUCUGCUGAAACCUUGUCCCACCCUGUAGUGGGCCUCUUCAGAGGGAAAUCCUGUUGGCUCUCCCUCUUACAUCUUAACAGUUUCCCCCCCAAAUUGUUCUCCACACCCUCUGUUCGUAUGGUUGGCCACAAGACAGAACUGGGGAGGAGCCACCUGGAGCCAGACCUACCAUAGAAAUUAAGAUCAGGUAAUCCACGUGAGUUCUGAGUGGUGCUAUGGUACAAUCCAUCCUGGAUGCCUCCUGUACACCAAGCCAGAAGAAACCUUCAGACGUGACCAAUAUUUCACUCUAGUCAGAAUUGUUAGUGCAGAAUUCUGGUUUAUCCUGCUAUUUGUCACCAUAGCAAUGGUCUUCAAGUCCCUGAAGGAGAAUGGGGUCUAAACUGGAAAUUUUCCCUGACAACCUGUACUAUGUUAUUUUCUUUGUCUAGAGCCAGGUCAUCAUUAGGGCACCUAGUGAACUGUAGUAUAUUUGUAAUUGGCUUUGUUUUUAUAUUGCUCUGUUCCUUAUUAUGGACUACUGUACCUGGGUUAGCUUGACUUUGUAUAUAUACAUAUUUAGGAGAGCCAAAGCAUUCAGUGUGUGUGCAAAAGAAAUAUGAAAGCUUGAACAUUUUUUCAUACAGAAGGCCAGUUCUAUAGCAGAAUGUUUACUUGCACAGUGUUGCUCAGCUGACUAUCUCUAGUUUGCAGAAAUACCUAAUAGAUUUCUAAUUCCUUAAUAAAGUCUUCUUAAUAAAAUUUGUUCUGAAAGAGA